AUGGAACAAAGGAGGAAUGUGACUGAGUUUGUCCUCUUGGGGCUCACUCAGAGCCCCCAGGGUCAGAAAAUAUUAUUUCUUGUGUUCUUGCUCAUCUACAUGGUGACAAUGGUGGGCAACCUCCUCAUUGUCGUGACUGUGGUGGUCAGCCCAACCCUGGAUUCCCCUAUGUACUUCUUUCUUGGCUACUUAUCAUUUAUGGAUGCUGUUUAUUCUACUACAUUCACCCCAAAUAUGAUUAUAGACUUAUUAAGUGAGAAGAAAACCAUUUCAUUCCAAGCUUGCAUGACCCAGCUUUUUAUAGGGCAUUUAUUGGGUGGUGCUGAGGUUUUACUCUUGGUGGUCAUGGCUUAUGACCGCUAUGUGGCCAUCUGUAAACCUUUGCAUUAUUUGACAAUCAUGAAUCAGCGAGUGUGCGUACUGCUGCUGCUGUUGGCCUGGGUUGGUGGGUUUUUACAUGCUUUAGCUCAUCCUCUCUUUGUUUAUAACCUUCCCUUCUGUGGCCCCAAUGUCACUGACCACUUCGUCUGUGACAUGUACCCUUUGUUAAAACUUGCCUGCUCUGACACCUACCCUAUUGGCCUCACUGUGGUUGCCAAUGAUGGGGCAAUCUGUGUGGUCAUCUUUAUGCUCUUACUCAUCUCCUAUGGGGUCAUUCUGCACUCCCUGAAGAAUCUUAGUCAGGAAGGGAGGCACAAAGCUUUAUCCACCUGUGGCUCCCACAUUACUGUGGUUGUCUUCUACUUUGUCCCCUGCAUUUUUAUGUAUGUGAGACCGCCUUCUACCUUACCCAUUGAUAAAUCCUUGACAGUGUUUUAUACCAUUAUCACCCCUAUGUUGAACCCUCUAAUCUAUAGUCUGAGAAAUGGAGAGAUGAAAAAUGCCAUGAAAAAGCUCUGGGCAAGUGUAAGAAACUGAGUUGUCAGGGAUAGAUAUAGAUAUAG